AUGCCGAUCCGAAUGUAUACAGAGUCUCCGACUCCUCCUUCUCCUUCCCCUUCACAAUCUCCCUCCCACUCCGACCCUCCACCCAUUCAAUUCUUCAGCUACGAGACCCGCGCCAUCGGAACCAACUUCCUCUCCCGCCCUCAGUCCCCCCUCGACAAACAAAUCCUCUGGAUCGGCUGCUCAGACAGCGAUUGCAAAGAAACCACCAUCCUGGAUUUCCUCCCGGAUGAAAUGCUAGAGCUUCGCAACCUGGGCAACAUGAUCAUCCCGGACGAUCUGUCGUGCGAGACCCUGGUACGGCACGCGGUGGUGGAGUUGAAAGUGAAGCAUAUUGUGGUGUGUGGGCAUUACGGGUGUGGCAUUGUGCGGGCAUCGUCGGGGAAUGGGGUGCCGGGUCCGUGGUUAAGAAAGCUCGACUCGUUACAUGCGAAACAUCGACACCUGAUUGAUCAUGUAUCCGCGUCGGAUCGAGACGCUGCCUUUGUCGAAUUGAAUAUCCUGGACCAGUUGCGGUCGUUGCGCGGGAUGAGUGAGGUGGCCGAGGCGUCGAGACAGGGACAUUUGAGUGUCCAUGGGAUUGUGUAUGAUCCCAGGAAUGGACAGGCACUCUCGAUCAAUGAGAGUGGGGAAGAGGAAUCUUGA